AUGAGUUUCGCGCCCGAGUUACGAACUCAUGCACAAAAAGUAUGUACCCUUUAUAAGAAGUGUAUGCGAACUAUUGAAGGUUAUUACAUAGCCAGGUUCGUAGUUCGCUAUCACCAAGUGCUUCUGAGAAAACAGUUUGAUGAUAAUAAGUGCGUCUGUGAUCCAAAGGAACAGCGUCGUUUGUUACGAGUUGGAGAACGCGAGCAAUGGCUAAAAAAUAAUCCUCGUCCUUUGAAUAAAUUUCCGAGAUCGAUUGGGCUUGCCGGCGGCGUUGCUUACGCGCGCGUUGUAACUCCUCCAGACUGGGUUCUUGACUAUUGGCACCCACUGGAGAAGGCACAGUAUCCAGAAUACUUUGCUAGACGUGAAUGCAGGAAGAGCGAGUAUAUCGAUAAGUGGAAGAAGGGAACUUUGAUGUAG